ACCAGAGGGUGUAUAAAGCAGUAGACGUGGGCGAACUUGCUCACUCGCCCCUCCAUCGCAAACUCUCCGAUAGAAGGCCUCAGCCAUGAUUCUGUCUACUGCUCUACUUUCCCUUGCCGCCAUCGCUGGAGCACGCGAGGUUGCUAAGGACGAAGUAAAGGCGGCCAAGCUGUACGAUUCCGGCAUCAGACAUGCAAACAAUAUCGCCUUGAAGCGGGUAUGUACUACGCCGCACUCCCACAUCUCUCCGAGCUUGGCACUAACGCCUCCCAGGAGACGUUCGCUCGACAGAGGGCUGCGGGGAAAUACGAGUCUUCGCAGUACGCUGAACUGGACUUUAUCCCAUGCACCAACGGCACCGCCGUCAGCGACAAGGACACAUUCAGGUGCAACAAUAUUGAUCUCUACCACUUCCUUCCGCACUCUGCGCUCGGGAGUACGCGGGGAUUUGGUUCCUCAUCGUGGGGAUGGACCUCGGACGAUGGACGAGAGUUCGUCGCCAUCGGGCAGUCGGACGGAACAGCAUUUGCUGAGAUCUCGAAAGAGGGCAAGCUGAUCUACCUUGGAAGGCUGCCGCAAUUCUCGGUUCCCAGCAAUUGGCGCGAGAUUCGUGGUCACAACAACCUCAUGAUUAUUGGCAGUGAGGCAGAGAAACAUGGCAUUCAGAUAUUCGAUAUGACGAAGCUGCUCACGGUUGACCCUGCCAACCCGGUCACGUUUUCGAACGACAAAGAUCUCGCAGGCCACUACAAUGGCCUUCCCAUCGGCAGGACUCACAACGUGGUGACGAAUCCUGCUGGCAACUUCAUCUACUCCGUUGGUGCAGCGCCGAGGAACCACACCUGCAGAUCUGGCAUCAUCUUCAUCGACAUCUCCGAUCCUUCUAACCCCACCAGCCCGGGUUGUGCGUCCGCUGACGGGUAUGUCCACGACGCGCAGUGCUUGUUCUACAAGGGCCCAGACACCCGGUACACUGGUCGUGAGAUCUGCUACGGAUACAACGAGGAUACACUUACCAUCUACGACAUCACCGACAAGAAGAAUCCUGAAAUUCUCUCCAUCACGUCCUAUGAGGGUGCGGCAUACACCCACCAAGGCGCUGUCCUGGACCCGGAGAACCAGCAAUACCUGCUCCUGGACGAUGAAUAUGAUGAGUACGACAAAGUUGGCCCUGGGAUUCCUGGCAACCCGAUCACCUACAUUUGGGACAUCAGCGACUUGACGAAGCCCAGGCAAACCGGUCUAUACAAGUCUGAAGCGAAGGGUAUUGACCACAACCAGUACGUUGCGAAUGGCUUCGCUUAUCAAUCCAACUACGGCACUGGCUUCCGCGUCCUCGACGUGCGAUCGAUUCCGUCAGACCCUACCGGCAAGGGUGUCAAGGAGGUCGGUUUCUUCGACAUCUAUCCCGAAGACGACAAUGCGCCUGGCGGAGGGAGCGUCGACUUUGUGGGGACGUGGAGCAGUUAUGCUCUGUUCAAGAGCGGCUACAUCCUGGUCAACACCAUGGAGAGGGGUGCUUUUAUCGUGAAGCUCAAGGCUGGAUUCGACAAGCUGUAAACUGGACUUCUAGACGCAUCAUACUAAGGAGUGGACGGAGAAAGGUGGAGUUUAAUAAUGCAAUUUUCUGGAUCGCUUUUCCAGCUCAUGCGAUCCUCCACUUUAUCUCCUCGUUGAAAUAUCCUAACACCGCCUUCGGAACCGUGUGGUCUUGAUACUCGCCUCCCUUGCAAGAGAGGGGGUCAAAAUAAGUGUAAGCCGCGU